AUGACAACAGUUAUCGAUUACAACUCUGAACAGAGUUGGCAUUUCCUCGAUUUGGUGGACGAUGAGGUUGAGCGCGGCGAGUUGGAAGAGGCCAGCAACAAGUUGUGGGGCGCUGCCGCCCAUGCCAUCGAAACCGUCGCCGAACGCAGAGGUUGGGCCCAUGGCUCGCAUAGCGAUUUAGUGGACACCGUGCUGCGUUUGAUCGAUGAUGAAGGCGCUCCGCCGCUGUUGUACACUUACUACGGAUUGGCAAACUGGUUUCACUCGCGGUUCUACGGUUGGCCACCCAACGGCGAUGAAAUCCGCCAUGGAAAAGGGGAAAUGGCCGACUUCAUCCGCCUGCUGGAAGGCCUGUGA